AUGUUUGUGACCCCCCUCAGUGCCCAAGGCUAUCAUGAGGGCUGCCCCACCCACAACAGCUCAGGAGAAUUAUCGCAGAUCAGAAGAGAUGUGAGCAGGAUAUAUACAAACAUCUCAGCAUUGAGUGAAUCCAUUCUUGAAGGCUUCUCCCACCUGCCCAACCUCUGGGGCUUGCUCUUCUCUCUUUUUCUUGUUAUCUACCUGCUCACCAUGGCAGGCAAUCUCCUCAUUGUGGAGCUUGUCUCAGUUGAUGCCACCCUCCAGUCCCCCAUGCACUUCUUCCUUUGAAUCCUCUCAGCUCUGGAGAUUGGCUACACAUCUGUCACUGUCCCUUUGCUGCUUCACCAACUCCUCACUUGUCAACUCCACAUUCCUUACUCUGGCUGUGCUCUCCAGAUGUUCUUCUUUUCUGUUUGUGCCACUGAGAGUUGCCUCCUGGAAGCCAUGGCCUAUGACCAUUGUGCAGCCAUUUGUGAACCCCUUCACAACCCCCUUCUGCUAAGCCAUCAGGUGUGUCUAUGCCUAGCUGGGUCAGCAUGCGCCUGUGGAGCAACGGGGCCUGGGCCCAUACCUCUGUCAUCUUCUCCUUGCCCAUUGUGUGCCAUCUCACACUUCUGUGAGAUCCAGGCCACUGUGAAGCUGUUAUGUAGAGACACCUCACUCAACGAACUGCAGAUAGUCCUGGCUGCUGGCCUCAUGAUCUUGAUCGGCCUCAUCCUGGGCUCCUAUGGCUGUGUCCUGACUACUAUCUUCUAGAUCCCAUCUGCUGCUGGCAACCACAAGGCCUUCUUCAUCUGCUCCUCCCACCUGGUGUGGUUUAUCUCUUUUUAUCCUUACUUUAUCUUUGUCUACAUCAGAACUAAGGCCAGCUACGAUCCAGUCACUGGCCCUCUGCUGUCUGUCUUCUAUGCCGUGGUCACCCCCAUCCUCAAUCCCAUCAUCUAUAGCCUGCAGAACACUAAUGUCAAGGCUGCCCUAAAGAGAACAAUCCAGAAAAUUAGGCUCACAGAGAUUUGA